UAUCUGUAUAGCGACUGACUGAUUGUAGAGAGAGAGAGAGAGAGAAGAGGAGAGAGAAAGAGAGCUGUGGCAGCUUUGGGUACUUUUCACAGCUUGCUAUACCAUCACCAACCAAGCCUGACUACAUACAUACAUAAUUCAGUGACCUAUCAAUGGCUAGAGAGAGAAACUAGAGGGAGAGAGCUCGAGAGAAGGAAAAAUGGGGUGAAGCUGAAGAUUUUUUAGCUGCUUGGUGUGUUUUGUUCCACGGCGAGCACCUGCUGGUUAACUUACUGUGAUUUUUUACUUUAUUUUCGUCAGUAUAUUAGCUUAGAAGCCAUUAAUUGAAGUUGACACUCUGCAUUUCUGUCUGGUUCUUGAUAAAGAAGGCAAGUUUAUAUCCCUUGAUCCGGAAGAUUAUCCGAGGUUCGACAUACCCCCGGUAACAGCAAUCCAUUUUGUCGAUUCUGUGGUUUCCACGAUAAAAAAAAAAAAAGCGCGCCGGGGUUGCAUUUUCGAUUUUUAGAUGGCGGCCCUUUCGAAUUCUGAGACGAGGAACAUGUAUUCUUGGUGGUGGGAUAGCCAUAUCAGCCCGAAGAACUCAAAAUGGCUCCAAGAAAAUCUUACCGAUAUGGACGCGAAAGUUAAAUCGAUGAUCAAGCUGAUCGAGGAAGACGCAGAUUCGUUUGCAAGAAGGGCUGAAAUGUAUUACAAGAAACGCCCGGAGCUAAUGAAACUGGUCGAGGAGUUCUACCGGGCGUACCGUGCAUUGGCUGAAAGGUAUAAUCAUGCCAUGGGAGAGCUCCAUCACGCUCAUCGAACAAUAGCAAAAGUGUUUCCCGACCACAUACCGGUCGAGCUCGUCGACGAUUCGCCUUCGAAAGUAUGGACACCGGACAAAGACCUGCGAAUGAACACGCCAGAAAUGAAGUUUCCCGUGCGCUCAUUGUUCCAAGGAGACGACAAUUUGCUGGGGAUUUCCGAAUCUGAGUUGGAUAAAAUCACACCUCAGAAAGAAGAUUCAGAGAAGGAGAAAGAAGACAAUGAAGUGCUGCAUUUGUCGAACGAAAACCAGAACUUUAAAGACAAGAUUCGUGACGAGGCUGAAAGAGCGGGAAAAGCCGAAGACGAAGUUCAAAGUUUAACAAAAGCGUUAGCUGAGAUGCAAGCCGAGAAGGAAGGCGCGUUUCAUCAGUAUCAACAAUGUGUGGCGGAUCUGUGUAAACUUGAGAAAGAACUCGAGAAGAUGCAGAGGGAAUCGAAGAGUCUCAGUGAAAAAUCGAGCCGAGCUGAAAUAGAACUCCAGAUGUUGAAGGAAUCACUCGUACAGUUGGAGGCCGAGAAGAUCGCAGGAGAAGUUAAAGAGAAGGAGUAUUUGGAGAAGAUAGCCGAACUUGAAGAAGACACCGAUGACUUUAACAUUAGAGCGACGAAAGCAGAAAUCGAAGCUCAAAUUGUGAAGGACGAGCUUUCAAGGCUAAAAGGCGAAAGGGACGCGGUGGUUCAUAACUACAAUCAGUGUCUUGAGAAAAUAUCGGCUCUCGAGAUUUUAAUCUCGACUAUGGAAAAUGAGGCGACGCUGCUUAAGAGCCGAGUGAAAAGUUCCGAGAAGGAAAUCUUCGACCUUAAAAAGUCUCUUGGAGAUCGUAACAGGGAGAAAGAAGCAUCGGAACUCCAGUACAAAUACUGCUUGGAGAAAAUAUCGAAGCUCGAGGAAGAUUUAUCGAGUGCGAAAAGGGACGUCAGGCGACUUAACAACGAUGUUUUGCUCGGGAAUUUGAAGCUGAAGAACGCGGAAGAGAAGUGCAAUCUUUUGGAGACGUCAAAUCAGUCCCUACGAGCCGAGGCUGAUAAUCUAGCGAGAAAGAUUGCCGCGAAAGAUAAAGAGCUCUCAGAGAAGCAGCACGAGUUGGAGAGCCUUCAGACGAGUUUAGAAGACGAACACUUACGUCACGAGCAAGUCGAGGCGAUGCUUCAGACGGUACAGAGUUUGCACUCUCGAUCGCAAGAAGAACAACGAGUUCUUGCGCAGGAGCUCCAACGAGUUCUUGAAAUGCUAAAGGAAUUGGAGGAAGAAACGCCAAAGAAUGUUACGGAGGAAGAAAUUCAGCGCGAAAAUGAAAUCGUGAGCUUAUGGGACAUUAAGGAGAGACUUGAAAAGGAAGUCGCGCGCCACAUCGAUCUGAGUGGUUCCCUUCAGCAGGAAAUCUUGUGUCUGAAAGAAGAAAUCAAGGGGUUGAAUAUGCGGCAUCGAGCGAUACUCGAUCAAAUAGAAGCUACGGGUCUGAAUCCCGAGCAUUUGAGGACUUCGAUAAAGAACCUGCAAGAAGAUAACUCGACGCUGCGAGAAAUGUACGAGCAGGGCUUCAACGAGAAAGAAAUUCUAUCGAAGAAGGUAGAGAGCCUGCAAAAAAAUCUGGACAAGAAGGUCGACAUGAAUAAGGAAUUGACGAGCUCGCGAGAAACAGUGAAUUCAUUACAAGAAUCUUGUCGAUCGCUCGUUACGGAGAAAGCUUGUCUUCUGUCGCAGUUACAGGCGAUGACGGAGAAUAUGCACAAGCUGUUGGAGAAAAAUGCUGUUCUCGAGAAUUCCCUAUCAUCGGUGAAAAUCGAACUCGAAGGUUUAAAGGAGAAAGCGAAGGGAUUACAAGAUAUCUGCGACUUGCUUAAGGAUGAAAGAUCGUAUCUUUUGAGCGAACGAGGAGUUUUAGCGAUGAAAUUGGAGAAUGUCGAGAGGAGAGUCGAAGUUCUUGAGAAAAAGUACUCGGGAUUGGAAGAAAAGUACGCCGAUCUUGUGAAGGAGAAGGAAGCUGUGCACGAUCAAGUUAAAGAGCUCGAGGUUUUGUUAGGCGUCGAGAAGAAAGAGCGAGCGAACUCCGAGCUUGACAGUCGUACGCGAUUAAUUGGGCUCGAAAGUCAGCUACACAUUCUGAGAGAAGAGAGUAAAUGGAAGAAGAAAGAGUACGACGAGGAAGUCGAUAGAUCGAUAAAAGCGCAGUUUGAGUUAUCGGUGUUGCAGAAAAUCAUGGAGGAGAUGGAGGAGAAGAACUCGUCUCUCAUAAUCGAAUGUCAGAAACACGUCGAGGCGUCGAAAUUGGCGGAGAAGCUUAUCAACGAGCUGGAGAGCGAAAGUCUCGAGCAGCAGGUCGAAGCUGAGAUCUUGUUGGACGAAAUCGAAAGAACGCGACUGGCGAUGUACCAGAUUUUCAGGGCGAUCGGAGCGGGUCAAGAUUGCGUUUUUGAUAACAGGAUCGACGACGAGCAGAGAUUUGUGCAUCGGAUUCUCGAGAGUAUUCAUGACCUGAAAUGUUCGAUUUCGAAGCACGAUGAUGAUAAGCAGCUGCUCUUGGUCGAGAACUCGGUUCUUCUAACUUUACUAGAGCAAUUGGAGUCGAAGGGAAUCGAAAUCGAAUCGAUGAACUUAUACUUCGAAAAAGAGCUGAAAAACCUCGUCGAGAAACUUGCCGUGGCGAGAAACGAGAAGGAAAAAAUGUUGGAGCUUGCGACGAAGCAAGCAACUUUGCAAAGAUCGUACAAAUUGUUAGAGGAAGCGUUAGCAGAAGCGAAUCAGCAAAACGCGAACUUACGGAAGAGAAUUUCCGAUUUAAGCGACGAUAAAGAUCAGGCGAAUCGAUGUACCGACGCCGCUCUCAUGGAGUUUCUAGCGACGACUGUGCAAUCGGAGGCUUUUCGAAGCUUCGGAGACGAGAAGCUCGACGAAAUUAAUUCACUUCUGAUCGAUUUGAACAGACAACAUGAGAUGAAUCGUUGCAUCGCUGAGAAGCUGGAGGUGCAAAAAGCCGAGAAUUUACUUCUUAAAGACAAUGCCGAUCGAUUGGAACGGGAGAUCGAAAGUGUUCGAGAAUAUAAUGUUGUAAUGAAGAAUGAGAUACGUAAUGGGAAGGAGAGUUUGCUCGAAGCCGAAGGAAAGCUUCUCGUCGCCGAAAUCAAGCUCGAAGCUUCGGAUAAUUUGAACCUAAAGUUAUGCAAAUCGGUGAACGAUCUAAAAGAUGAGGUUUCGCAGCUGUCCAAAGACCGUUCUAUCCAGUUGAAGGAAAUCGAGAGGCUUCUGAAUGUGAAAGAAAACUUGGAGUCGGAAAUCGGACAGCUUCGCGAAGAAUUGGAAGAAAAAGUUGUGCACGAGAGCCGUGAAUUCAAGCUAUGGGAGGAAGAAGCAUCGGAAUUUUAUUUUGGGCUUCAGAUCACGUCGGUCUGCGACGUUUUCUUCGAAAAUACGGUGCGGGAGCUCGCCGAGCUAUGCUGGAGGCUUCGGAAUGAAAGUGAUUCGAAGACAACGGUGAUCGAAGCGAAGAACGAGAAGAUUUUGUCGAUGGAGACUGAAGUCGGGAGAUUGAAAUCGCAGCUGUAUGCAUACGCUCCGAUUGUAUCGGCGUUACGGGACGAUGUAAUACUAAUCGAGCAUCAGACGAAGAUUAAAGCGUCCCGGAAAGACGAGACUGAGAUGUUCGAGGUUGUCGAUGCGAUUGAAGAUGAAUCGAUCGUUAGCUUGCAGAAGCUGCAGAUGCGAAUUAAAGCUGUUGGGAAAUCGAUGCAAGAGAUGAACAGAUCAGUCGGGCACCGACGAGCGAAUUCAAGCAGCAAGCAAGAAUCGGGAGGCGGCGAGAUCGAACGAUUAAAACCGUUGCGAUGCUUAGGGAGAGACAAACCCGAGAAUAAUCGACGAAAAGGGCACGGGAACGACGCGUCGGAGACGCCAAAGCUGCAGAAAAUCAAAACGAAAUCCACCGAGCUUCGUAACACGACGACAACGAAAGACAUCCCGCUCGAUCAAGCUUCCGACGGCUCGCAAAACGGGAUGCGACGUCGAGGCUCCGUCCGAGUCGACGACAAAAUGCUCGAGCUAUGGCAAGCCACGCCGCCGGAUUUAACAAUCGGCGAAUCGCUGCGACGCUCGUACAAAAUGACGGACAAGGACAUUGUGUACGAUCAAUUCGACAAUGGCAACCGGAAAUCGGACCCACCGUCGACGGAUUCUGACGUCGAGAAAGAACUCGGCGUCGACAAGCUCGAGGUUUUAACACGAACGGCGUCCCGAAACCGCGAAACAAACGCUCGGAGGAUCAUCGAGAGGCUUAAUUCGGACGCGCAGAAGCUCGAGAAUAUUCGGAUAACGGUCGACGACCUGAGGAAGAAGACGGAGGCGAAUAAAAAGAGUCGAAAGGCGAAAAACGUUGAUUUCGAGACGGUCGAGGAGCAGCUUCUAGAAGCGGAGGAGACGGUGGCGUAUCUCGUCGAAUUGAACGUCGAGCUUUCGAGGACGAUUGAGGAGUGUCCGUCGCCGGAGGAGAAGGCGGCGGUUCAGGUGAAAGAAGCGGCGCGGAAACGGCGGCGGAAAGUGACGGAGCAGGCGCGGAAAGCGUCGGAGAGAAUCGGGCGGCUGCAGCUGGAGGUGCAGAAGAUACAGUAUGUGAUGGUGAAGGCGGAGGAGGAGAAGAAGAAUCGGUUCCGGAAUAGAUUGUUCCGGAACCGGACGAUUGUUCUGAGGGAUUUUAUUUACGAUGGCGGCCGGAGGAGGAAGAAGAAGGAUCCGUUUUGCGGUUGUUUUAGGCCGUCGACGGCGGCGACGGGCAGCCGGAGCGGGCAGAGUCCGAGCGGGUAAAUCGUUGUUUUAGGCCGGGGACGGGCAGCCGGAGCGGGCAGAGUCCGAGCCGGUAAAAUUGUUGUUUUAGGCCGGCGAAGGGCAGCCGGUGCGGGCAGAGUCCGAGUAGGUAAAUCGUUGUUUUAGGCUGGGGACGGGCAGCCGGAGCGGGCAGAGUCCGAGCCGGGAAAUGGUUGUAUUGAAUUGGGUAGAGCUACUGAUUUUAUUUUUAUUUUUAUUAUUGAUGGCAGAUGUCUGUGACUGUGUAAGAAGGCUUUAUAGUUUGUUUUUACUUCGGUAUAAUUUCUGCAAUAAUAAGACGCUUUGAUC